AUGCCACUUAUGGUCUGGUGCGGCAGUGUGAAUUACCGCACACAAACAAACGAGAAUUCCAGGAGUUUUAUUAAGCUACAGUUCCACCCGCUUUUUUGUACCUUUCAGCCUUUUUUUUUUCUUUUGUUUCUGCCUGUUUUUUUCUUUGCAUCCAAAAAUUUAUUUGUUGCCAUUUAUUUAAUAGCAUGCUGGGGAUCUCAGAAUGAGUCUCUUGCAGCAUUUAACCUUGGAUGCUUGUUCCCUCUCGUUCUUUUUAUUUUUAUUUUUUGCCUGCGUGUUGAGGGGGGAGGGGAAUAUUUAUUUAUUUACCCACUUCCUUCUUUGUGUUGGAUGUAUGUUCCUUUUAGCGGAGGUGCGGCGACGGCUGGCCUAUGUGACACGCAUGCUGGCGGGACGGAACGUAAAACCGCGGCAUUUGUCUCAAACCAAACGCGGGCACAAAGACGAAAGACAAAAUGUGUUCAGUUGAGGUUUCUUAUUUUGGCGUCGUGUGUCUUUGUAGCGAUCACACUUGUCCUUGUCGCGCUGGUGCUGGGCGAUGCGAAGAGUAUUCCGGAGAAGGCAGAUGUACGAAAGAACACGAGAGCGAAUAAGAAGCAAAUAGCUCCGGAUUGUUGGGCAAGGCCAGCGUGGAACGUGUCGCUGGAGAUGGACCGCGCCCGAAUGAAAAUAAAAGCGGGCACGGGUUUUUUUGCUAAGAGCAUUGACGAGUUAACCCAACAGGUGCCGAACAUCACAAAACUCAAUAAGAGUUGUCACUUUGCCUAUCCACUAAAAAGACAUAUCACACUUUUUGAAUAUGCGAGCAAAAGUGCAAGGGGAAAAUAUGGUCGAACUCCCGUGACAUUUUUUGAUGCACUUCAGCAGGAAGUUGAGGGCAGGGUGGUUCGCUUCUCGGAGUCGCUUCCGCGUAUUGUGAAACAGACGCCGGUGGUUUUGUCGCCUUUUUUUGACAUAGGGAAAGGGUUUGGUCUGUGGGGUUCUUUUUUUCUUGGCCACCUGCCCGCGGAAACUGGUGAUCAAGCAGACUUUGGAAGCCAUGGUGUGGACUGGUGUUUGCCUUUGGAAGGGGGGUACAGUGGCUCUCAGGUUUUUGGGCCACAGCCCCCAUUGUACGCGGCCGUUUUCCCCAAUGCUGUGGUUUCCAAUAGUCAUGUUAUUACAUGUAAUGGAAAUGUGUACACAAGUGGGGGUUGUCUGAGACGUUGGUAUCUGCCAAAAAUCCAAAGUACAAAAGAAAUUGAUUGGCGUGGUGUUGUUGUAGGCCUCUGCGAUGAAUGGUGUAAAGGAUAUUAUCACUUUACACAUGAGCAUUUACCGCGUUUGGCGCUGGUGCAUAAAAUAUUACUUGAAAGGGAAGACGCAAUACUGGCACUUUAUGCCCCCAUUAAAAAAUUUCAGCUACAGUGGCUCACAGAUGUCCUUGGUAUCCCGUCUUACCGUAUACUGCGGAAGCCAGGCCCAGUGCAUGGGCAUUUGGUUCUUUACCCCAUUCCAGGCGGUUGUGGGACGUUAUUUACACACCUGACGUAUGCGUUACGUGACAUUGUCUUUGAGCGACUACAGUUGGUGCCACCCAUUCCUUCCAAGAAGCGUAAACUUCGUCUUCUUUUAGCUGAACGUGAAAGACUGUCGAGGAUGCCGUCCAAUUAUCGCCAACUGAAGAAGAUGCUGUUUGAAGAAUAUAAAACGUUUUUUGAUUUUGGUGUUUUUUCUGGCAAGCUGCAUAUAAGACAGCAAGUGCGCUAUUUUUACGAUGCGGACGUUGUUAUUGGCCCUCAUGGGUCCAAUCUUGCCAACGCAAUGUGGAUGCGUCACGGCACACAUUUGAUGGAAUUUGUAUCGUACAAGUACGCAAACAUGUGCUAUCACACGACGGCGAAUACCAUUAAUGUGACGUAUCAUGCCAUUUUUCAUAAUGCUGAAAAGGAAGGAAGCUAUGUCCUCUCUUAUGAUGAGGUAAAGCGUCACAUGGACCAUGCGGUGGAGAAGCUGCUCAAAUCUCCGUGA